AUGCGUCCAUCUCAUGUUUCUAUCAAGAACACCAACGAAAACCUAAAAAAACGAAGAGGUAACUCACUCAAACCUGCCGCUCAGGUGCACAGUAACGACUACACUGAACACUACGUGCACACAAAUCUUCCGCCUCAGAAAUUCGUCAAAAACUCACAAAAUCAAGUUGAGGGCUAUCCCAAUCUUCAAAAGUUAUUUCGCCUGAAAGAAAAGCAUGUUGCCAGGCACGCAACGAAGCCUUACGGGUGUAGGGUUAACAUAGAUGAAAUGAGUUCAACUUUGAAUCACUGGAUUCACGCCGAUAAAUUAGUAUUUGACGUCGUUAUGAUAGGAUGUCUCACCGAAAAUCAGUUCAUAUACCCACUUUUGACUUCUCUACCAAUUGAUAGACUGAUAUCGAAGCCAGGUUUCCUAUUUAUCUGGGGUAGCGCUCAGAAAAUUAAUGAGCUAACCAGGCUCUUGCAGAAUGAUGGAUGGGCAAAGAAAUUUCGGAAAAGCGAAGAGCUGGUGUUCAUUCCAGUGGAUAAGAAAUCCCCAUUUUAUCCUGGUCUCGAUGAUAAUGAUGAAGCUCUUUUCGAAAAAAUGCAAUGGCAUUGCUGGAUGUGUAUAACGGGAACAGUUCGGAGGGCUACCGACGGCCACUUGAUACAUUGUAAUGUGGAUACCGAUUUGAACAUUGAAUCAGACAACUUGCAAAAUAGUGCUAUUCCUGCUCAUCUUUACAGAAUUGCCGAGAAUUUCUCGACUGCUACGAGAAGACUUCACAUCAUACCUGCUAGGACAGGAACCGAAACUCCCGUAAGAAUGAGGCCUGGCUGGGUUAUAAUGAGUCCCGACGUCAUGUUGGAUAAUUUUGACAGUAAUGCAUACCAGGCAGAAAUAGGCAGACUAGGGACACACCUUCCCACGCGGAAUGAAAUUGAAGCUCUAAGACCAAAGAGUCCAACCCAGAAAAGAGGUGGGUGA